AUGUUUGUAAACGAACCAAGUGUAAAAAAACGUAAAAUCGAUCCUCAGGAACUAAAGUUUAAACCUGGGGAUAGGUUUUUUAUGAUUGAUGUAAAUGAUGUGGUUGAUAAGAGAACUCAAAUGUAUCGAAUAAAGAUAAAAUGUAGGAAUGACCAAGGUCUUACAACUUGGAUAUUAAUAAAGGGACUACCAGUUUAUUUUGAUGUAAAGAUACCAGAUGGUAUUGUAUAUAAUGGUAAAACUGAGUUGUUCAAAAAUAUCUUAAAGCAGGAUCUUAUGAGUAAUACAUUAAUUGAUGGUAAAUUGAGGAAAACAAUUUUUCCAGUUAGUAUGAGCGUAGUUACUUUAUUAGAAGAUUGUACUAAAGACAUGUAUGCACAGUUUAUAGCGUCUAAAACUAUGGUUACGGUAGGUGGGAAUACGAGGUCUCUUCCUUUAUCGGGAGUAUUUAGAUUAAAUGAUGCAACAAAAUGUAUGAGUACUAAUCAUUACGAAAACGAGUUCACGAUCAAUGAUUUGAUAUUCGAGGAAGAUUAUAGUAAUACAAAGCUUAUUAUGUCCUUUGAUUUGGAAACAUGCAACUUGGGAUCCUUUUGUGAUCCAUCUAAAAUUCUAUCACGGAUGCCCGAGGGCUCAGCAGUUGAUGAUAGAGCAUACCAAUGUGUUUCAGUCUUUUACAGAGGUGAUACGACAGUACCAGAAUUUGUAUCUGCUAUAUUGUUGGUAAAUGAUAAAUUACCUAUCAAAUACAGCUCUGACAAAGAGCUAACGUUAAAAAUUAACAACUUGAUAAAUCGGGAACAAGGCCAUCAUCUCAUUGAUUCAAAGGAAUUUUUCAAAUCUUUAGAGUUAAAUUCUAAUAUGUCACUAGAUGACAUCAUAACCAGCACUGUAAACAAUGUUGAUAAAUUUAUGACUAAAAAAAUGACCAAUCACAAUAUUCCAAUUGAGAUACAAUGGGCUAAAGAUGAAAGGGAGUUUUAUGAGUUUAUCGCAAAGUUAUGGGCAGAAAAGAAACCAGAUAUAUUAAUAGGUUAUAAUAUCUGUGGUUACGAUUACAAGUUUAUAAUAAAACGUUUAGAACAUCUUAAUAUGAUUGAAAGAUUUUACCAGAUUGCCAGUAGUGGCAAAUGGUUAUCUCUAUCAGAAUUAUUAAAUUAUAAAAAGAUUGUAGCAACAGAGGUCAAGAUAUCACAAUCCAAGCGUGUAAAUGUUCAAUAUAUUGCUAUAGACAGAACUAUGGUUAUGGACAAUAUGUUAAUGUUCAAACAACAAUUUCCUGGCGACACUCGAUUUGCAAGUUUAAACAGUUGUUUAAACACUUUAGAACUUCCCUCUAAAGAUAACGUUACUGCCGAUGAUAUGAAUUUAGCAUUACAUAAUGCUAUUUAUAAUCAAGAUAAACCAGAUAUAGAAACAAAUGAUAAAAUUUUAUUAUACUGUUUCAAUGAUUGUGCUAGGGUUGUUGAAUUACUUGUAAAGGGUGGUUCUGUAUUUGACCCAGAUAAGGGAUUCUAUCUUUUACUUGUUGCAACUCUGGAUUUUUCAUCUCUUUAUCCUAGUAUAAUGAUGCAGUAUAAUAUGUUACCCGAUACCAAGGUAUAUGAAUAUGAUAUACCAUCAGGUAAAAAAAGAUAUGUUGAUGGAUCUGUAAAGACUCGUAUGAUUAAUAUCACCAAUGAUAAGGGUGAUAUUUUGGAUAAAGUCACUUUUCUAGACAGAAGUGAAUAUAUUGGUUCAUUGACAAGUUUACUAGAAAUCCUUAUUAAAAAAAGAAAUGAGGCCAAGAAAAUGAAAAAGCAAUACGAAGAAGGAUCAUUUUAUCACAGUCUUUAUGACCAACAGCAAUUAGCUUUCAAGAUAUUAGCAGGUGUUAUAUCUACUGGUAGGGAACAGGUUCAUAAAUUGGCUGAUUUUAUUAGGGGUCAAGGAUGCCGCGUUGUAUAUGGCGAUACCGAUUCUAUUUUGUUGAUGAUGCAACAAGCCAGACUUGAGGAAAUUAUUAAUGUCUACGUGGACUUAUUCAGAAAUGCAAGUUCUAUCACAGAAUAUACCAAAUACCUUUAUAAUUUUUAUAAUGAUGUAACUAAAGAAACUCAUUUGGUAGCAAGUAAGAUUGCUAAAGAGUUUAACGAAUUGAACACUCGUGAUGGAUGUGAGAUGAUCAAGGUUGUAUUAGAAAAAGUUUUGGUGUUCAUGACAUCAUUUGGCAAAAAAAGAUACGCUGGACUCUCAAUGGAAAAUCCAAAAUUUGAAUGGGAUAAUUCAUGGUGUAAAACCAAGAGGUUUUUAUCACAACAUUUUGAAAUCUAUAAUCCAGAUCUAGUACCAGAUUUAUUAGUUGAAAAUCAGGGUCUAAAUAUUGUACGAUGUGAAGCUAGUCAAUUUCAAAAGAUGUUUGAGCGUAAAGUACUUUAUAAUGUUUACGAUUAUAAAAAAAUGGCUGAGUAUAUGUACAACCUUGGGCUUAAAACAAUCGAAGACUAUGUAAAUUUUUAUAUAUAUAAGGGACAAUACAACUGGAUGAGACAUUGUGCAGAUCAAGUCCUGGAUGAAAUGAUAGAUUUAGCUUUAUCAAAAGACAUAAAAUCAAAUAUUAUUAUUUUUGCCAAGAAUGCAAAGGUUUCAGGUGAUAAAAUAAAUAUUACUACUAUAUGUGACAAGAUACAAUAUAAAAAUUUCAAAUGUGGUUGGUGGAAAGUAAGACUUGGUGAUAGUACACUAAAAUAUAGAAAUACUGCACUUAAACUAGUAGAUUACGAGAAAGGUGAUAAUAUACAAAUUAAAAAUUUUCUGAACCUCUAUUAUUCGAGGAAUUCCGAUAAGAAAAUAAAUGGACGAUUCGAAUACGUUAUUGUGAAACAACCAGGUAUUAAAGAUGUGGCUUCCAGAAUGAGACUUGUAGAUGAGUUUGACCCAGACAUUCAUAAAAUUGACGCAAUGCAUUACUUUAGUAAGGAGAGUACGUUUUUAUUAGUUUGCUUAGGGAUGGAGGUUAAAGCUAUGGAAAUGUAUAUCAAACAAAAGAUUGACAAAUAUCAUAAUUCUCAAAUAUUGUCAAAUUGCAUGAACAAACUAAAGAUAACGAUUGACAUACCAGAUCCAUUCAUUCAUGAUCUGUGA